ACCCGGCUCGCUAGCCCGGGGCGAGGCUUCAAUUUCGAUAACUUUAUUGGUGGCUUUAUCCGCAGAACAGCCAUCUCACCAUUGAUCCCGGGAGGAGGGAGAGCAUCGCGGGAGGUGGCCCCCGACUCGAGCUGCACAGCCAUGGGAAACACCAGCGAUCGAGUGGCCGGGGAGCGCCACGGCGCCAAGGCUGCGCGCGCCGAGGGCGCCGGCGGCCAUGCUCCGGGUAAGGAACAUAAGAUCAUGGUGGGGAGCAUCGACGACCCCAGCGUCUUCAGCCUGCCGGACUCCAAGCUCCCUGGGGACAAAGAGUUUGUAUCAUGGCAGCAGGAUUUGGAGGACUCCGUAAAGCCCACACAGCAGGCCCGGCCCACUGUUAUCCGCUGGUCUGAAGGAGGCAAGGAGGUCUUCAUCUCUGGGUCCUUCAACAAUUGGAGCACCAAGAUUCCACUGAUUAAGAGCCAUAAUGACUUUGUUGCCAUCCUGGACCUCCCUGAGGGAGAGCACCAGUACAAGUUUUUUGUGGAUGGACAGUGGGUUCACGAUCCAUCAGAGCCUGUGGUUACCAGUCAGCUUGGCACAAUUAACAAUUUGAUUCAUGUCAAGAAAUCUGAUUUUGAGGUGUUUGAUGCUUUAAAGCUAGAUUCAAUGGAAAGCUCAGAGACAUCUUGUCGAGACCUUUCCAGCUCACCCCCAGGGCCUUAUGGUCAAGAAAUGUAUGUGUUUCGAUCAGAGGAGAGAUUUAAAUCCCCACCCAUCCUGCCUCCUCACCUUCUCCAAGUUAUUCUUAACAAGGACACUAACAUAUCUUGUGACCCAGCCUUGCUCCCCGAGCCCAAUCAUGUUAUGCUGAACCAUCUCUAUGCAUUGUCCAUUAAGGACAGUGUGAUGGUCCUUAGUGCAACCCAUCGCUACAAGAAGAAGUAUGUCACUACUCUUCUGUACAAGCCCAUCUGAGGGAUCCCUUCCUGCCUCCCAGGAUUCAGGAGAAGCAUCUCCCUUGCCUUUCUGGAGUGGACCAGUCUUAGCUGGGACUGGAAGGCUGAUUUGCUUUGAGGCUAAUAUGUGUGUUUCAGUGCCUGAGUAGGAUGCUCUGCUUUUGCAUUUGAUUGCAGAUGAGAGCUUUAUGAGUUUAUGGAAU